UGAAGAUGGGAGCUUUUUGUCAUGAUGCAACUGUUUAUUGUAAAUCAUAUUUGAAGCAAUUAACUGACUUUAAUAUGUCUUGCUUUGGGCCGCUUCUUGAAAAAGAAAAUCAAGAAGAACUUCAAACAAAAUUAAUCCAGAAAGAUGAGCCCAAUGAAAAGCAUGGGAUAAAGAUUCCUUCAAGAAAAUGGCCAAAAUUUGUGGGCAUCAAUGGAGAGAAAGUCAAAGAGAAAAUUUUAUCAAAAAAAGAAUAUCAAACAAUAAAAGAACCCCAAACAAAAUUUGUCCACAAAGAUGAAUCCAAUGAAAAGCAUGAAAUGAAGAUUCCAUCAAAAAAAUGGCAAGAGCCUCUGGAUAUGAAUGAAGAGAGAGCCAAAGAAAUUUUUUUGAAAAAAAACCCAAGAAAAUGGCCAGAGGUUGUGGGUAUGAAUGGAGAGGAAGCCAAAAAGAAAAUUUUAUUAGAAAACCCAUAUUUGAAUGUUGAGAUAAUCCCCGAUUUGACCAUAGUUGAUUGCAAAAUAGACUUAAAUCGUGUAAGAGUGUCCGUUGAUUUAAAGGGAAAAGUUUGUUAUAUCCCCAAUUUAGGUUGAAGAGAUUUGUAUAUUUUAUAUGCAUAAUUUCUAUGUUAUCAAUUGUUGGUCUGAUUUUAGCAUGGGAAAAUAUACUUCAAAUCCUAAGGAUUCUUUCAUGAUUCAUGACUACCAAAUAUUGGUAAGUAUGAAAAAUAAUGAUGUAUUUUUAAAACAGUUGUGGUUUACAAUUUGAGAUCAUAGUAUUAAAUUUCAGCCAAAUUGUAACUCUCA